AUGUGUCUCUAUAAAGGAGUCUGGUACUACGAAUGCCAGCACGUCCGCUUCCACCUCUCUACUUUCUGUCAAGACCUUCUUGAGCAGCUAUGUCGCAUGAGCGACACUAUAACUGCGGAGACUGAAAGUCCCACUACUGUCGAGAAUCCACAGAGCUGUUUACCCAGACUUCUGGCACGAGAUGGUAUUCUGGACAUGCAGGAUAAGGGACAGGAGAAUGGAGCUGCAACGAACAUCUCUGAAUGGGUGAUAGAUUUGGCAGAUCUAUGUCCUUCUUGUUCUCUAAAACGGGACUCUUGA